AAAUGACAACAAUUGGAAACUACAAAUUUGUUAGGAAAAUUGGAACAGGCGGAUUUUCAAAAGUCAUGCUGGCUGAGGAUAUUAGGACAGGAGAGAAAGUUGCUCUCAAGAUAAUGAAGAAUUCUGGUUCAAAACAGGGACUUUAUAGGAAAAGUCUGUUUGAGAAUGAAGUUGCAGUGCUAAAGGAGCUAGAACUAAACACUAUUCUAAAGCUUAAGGGCUCAUCCCCACAUGAGCUCUUGAUUGACCCAAAUGGGAAGGAAGUGGACAUCAACUAUAUCGCUCUGGAGUAUGCUCAAUAUGGUGAAUUGUUCGAUUAUGUAGCUAAAGGAGAAAAAUUCAGUGAGAAAACUACCAGAUUCUUCUUCAAUCAGAUCAUUAAGACUCUGGAGUACAUGGCCUCAAAGGGAUAUUCCCACAGAGACAUCAAACCUGAAAACCUCCUUUUCGGGUCGGACUUUACUCUGAAAUUUGCUGAUUUCGGGUUUGCUACAAAAUCUGAAAGAUGCACCCAAAGGAGAGGAACUUUCGGCUACAUGGCUCCAGAAGUCCUGGCUAAUAAGCCAUACAACCCAAGGAAGGCUGACAUAUUCUCUGCAGCUGUAAUCUUGUUCAUUAUGACCACGAAGCAUUGCCCAUUCAUCAAGGCUGAGCAUGGAGAUAAGUACUACAAUUUGGUCAUGAAAGGUCAAUUAGAUAAAUUUUGGGAACUCCAUCAAAAUUCGAAUGAUGGUACUGAAGAAUUCUCUGAAGAUUUCAAGGAUCUGAUCAAUGGAAUGCUCCAGGCCAACCCCAAGGCUAGACUCUCCCUCGAUGCGAUCAAAAACCACCCCUGGAUGAAAGGUCCCAUGGCUAAGGCCGAAGAUAUUAAAUUUGAAUUCAGAUUAAGGAAGAAGAUUUUAGAGGGAAAUAUAGAAACAACUGAUCCAAAAGAAAGUAGUCAAUCCUCAGGAUGAAGUCAGAACAGCUCUAGUGAUUCUGCUACAAACGAGGAUUCAGACCAGAGCGAGAAUGCCGAAAUGGCUGAUGAAGAGUCUGAACCCCUCGUCUCCGACUAUGUAUCAGUCGUAGAUGGAGACAUCCUUGUUGACGCAGUUACUUGGUACUGAACAGCUAAAAAAAUCUCACACAUAAAAUCCCCAGACUUCUACAGAGUCAACAUCAAAGUUGAUGAAGGAGACAAAAGAGCCAACAUAGAAGUCAACAUUUUAAGGAGGAAGAAGGAUGGAAAGAGAGCUGUGGAGUUUAAGACACUCUCAGGUUCGAAGGCCUUAUGCUCAUAUGCAUUCACCGACUUUCUCGAAUUUUCUAGAAAUCAUCUCUAUGAACUCUUUAAUUAA